UCACUAUUAUCCCUAGAACAAAUCCCCAACAAGAACAAACAAACCAAUUUGAUUGAAAAAUUCAACAAUCCCUUAAAAUAGAAAGCUAAUCCCAACCAAGAAACAAGCCAAAAAACAUGUCCAUCUCAACUUUAUCACCUCAUCUUCAAACAACAACAACACAUAGUUCUAUCAUCAUCAACACCUCAAGAACAUGAAGCUCAUAUCAAUUGCUGCCAUGGCUAUCACAAUUCUAUCAAUCACCCACUUUCAGAUACUCGCCGACGACCCCCAAAAGCCCUUCCUUACCAACGCCGAUCUCAUCACCAAAACCUGCAGCAGCACCCCUUACAACGACCUAUGCCUAUCAAUCUUAGAGUCAUCACCCAACAGCAAUGGCACAGAUCUGUAUGGGCUAACAGAGAUCAUGUUGUAUAUUGCAGCUGAGAAUGUGAGCCUCAUACAUGAACACCUAAUGGAAUUACAAAACAAGACAGAAAUGGAUACCUUCAUGGAUGAGUGUUUGACGGAUUGCUUGGAGAGCUAUCAGGACGCGACCGACCAAAUCGAGGACUCGAUCACGGCGCUCGAGUUCAAAGCGUAUCAUGAUAUCAAGACAUGGGUAGCAGCAGCCAUGAAUGAUGGAGCUGUGUGUGAAAAUGGGUUCAAAGAGAAACCAGACCAUAAGUCACCAAUUGUGGAGAUGUCUAAAGUUUUUGAUCAGAUCUGCAGCAUUAUUCUGGCUAUGGCAAAUAUCUUGUCUCAGGGAAAUAGGAACAUGAACUCUGAGGAUAUAUUUAAUUUCUAAAGGGAAUUCUAAGCUCUAGUUCGAUUCGUUUUGAAGUUUCGUAUGAACAAGAUCGUUUUUUGAAUGUAAGAGAUCGAUUGAAUCCAUUCGGUUUAAAGUUUUGUAUACCAUACGUGUUUAUGUAAGCAAGAUUCUUCUUUGAAAGUAAGAGAUCGUAUGGAGUGUUUAUGUAAA